AUGACCGAGAGCGAGCUGACACCCAAGUUCGCCCCGUUCCUGUCCUUCGCAGGAAUUGCCGCAGCCAUGAUCUUCGGAUCGGCCGGAGCGGCAUAUGGCACGGCCAAGGCUGGAAUUGGAAUCGCCGGUGUGGGAACGUUCAGGCCUGACCUAAUUAUGAAGUCCUUGAUUCCCGUCGUUAUGUCCGGUAUCAUCGCCGUCUACGGUCUGGUUAUUGCUGUCCUUAUCCAGGGUGACGUCCCUCCACCGUCAGAGGGCAAAUCUUUGAGCUUAUAUGCGGGAUGCAUGCAUCUUGCGUCGGGACUGUCGGUCGGUCUUGCAGGAAUAGCUGCGGGAUAUACAAUUGGAAUUGUUGGAGAUGCUGGAGUCCGCGCCUAUAUGCAGCAAUCCAGGGUCUACGUCGGCAUGAUUCUCAUUCUGAUUUUUGGUGAAGUUCUUGGACUCUAUGGCUUGAUCGUUGGCCUUAUUCUAAACUCCAAGAGCUCGAACUGA